AUGGAUGGAAAAAAAGUCACUAUCACUUAUACGGACGAGUUUGGCAUUUGGCCCAACCUAGUUGAUGACUUUCGUUCUAAUCUUCCUCUCCGAAAUCUCACUUGGAAGUCAGCGAACAGGCCCGUACGGAUCAUACAGGCCUUGCCUGUAGACCUUAAGCGAUUUGUUCCAGGGUCAAAUGAGAGCCAGCAUGAAAUGCCAGUGACACUCUUAGAAAGACCUUAUCUCCAUUUGUACUUUGUAAACUGUGAUGAUCACGAAACCUACCGCCAAGAAGUUCGCAAGCAAAUUCGUGAUUGGUUAAACGUGAUAACAUUCAGGAAAAAUCAAGAAUGGCUCAUUGUUUAUGUCCCUAAACAAGAUACGAUAAGAACUUCGGCCUCCAAAUACUUUAAUAUGAAAGGAACGGUCUUCGACAAAAUUAAGGCCGACUUCAAUGCAUCUAAACGGGACAGGUGUGUACAACUUCGUUUAAACGAUCAUGACACCGAAACUUUCGAGAUUUGGCAAGAUCUCAUUUUAAAGAUAAAGGAAGGAAUACUCAGUAGCUUUGGUCAGCACGUAACUCAAUAUGAGGAUGAUGUCAGACGCUUGGAUGCUCAGCGUAGUGUUCCCGGCUGGAAUUAUUGCAGGUUUUUCAUACAGAAGGAAGGAUUGGCUCAAUCAUUCGAAAUUAUGAACCUCUACGAAGAUGCGCUGCUACAAUAUGAUGAAUUGGAAGCGUCUUUCUUUCAAGUUCUCAAAGACAGAGCGCUUGCCUGGUUUGGUAAGUUUGGUGCUUGCGAACCAGGUGACGAUAGUGCCAACAUAUUGGACAUAAAAAAAAAGCCAUACCGUGAACUCAUUAUGCAGAAUUCGAUCUCGGUGUUUGAUUUCCGAAGCUAUCUAUUUGCGAGGCAAUGUCAACUAUUAGGACGAUUACAGCGUCCUGUGGAGAUAUGUCGCAGGGCACAACUAUUUAUAUCAACAUUUGCUAGAUCCAUAAAAGAAAACAUGAUGGAUUUUGAGCAUUUUUUGGAAUCUUGGGUGUACUCUUCGUGUAUUAACGUUGUAGGUGAAUGCGAGGAGUUGGCGCCACUGACUACUCCUGAUGAGAAAACAUCUACGGCUUUCAAUGCCGCAAAAGGAGAACUAUUGGAUUUGGCGAGGAAACAGCUUGACAAAUUGGGAAUCUAUUGUGGUCAUCUUCCGGAGGUGUUGCCCUUUACGACUGCAUUGAGCGAAGCCCCGUCAGCGUCAGAGAAAGCUUCCGAAACUGGGGAUGAGAAAAAAUCUGGAGUGACAAAUAAAGAAUUAUUAGAAGCAAUUGCUUCGAUAAGUUCGUUUGAUUCAUUGUAUAUGCGCCAAACAAACAGAGUUUUGAAGGCAUAUCAAGGCAGUAUGCGUACAAGAAGUUUGUUGCGCCUGCAGGGCGACAUUGCAGCUCUACAAUUUCACCGAAAAAAUUACGAGGAGGCUACAUCUCUUAUGGAAGAGCUGCCAAUCAAAUAUGGCGAACAAGGAUGGACUGUGAUUGAGAAUGCUCUGUUGAUAAAUUAUGCCGCGUGUAUGGAAGAACUUGGGCAUACCAAGGAAUAUCCUUUCCGUUUGCAAAAAGAGGCAACCCAUUAUGCAGAGAAACUGAAAACGUUAUCUGAAGUUCUUGAUAAAGAGAUUGUAAGACCGUUCAAGCCAAUGUUUGCGGUUACCGUGACUGCGAUGGUUGAUGACAUAACGGACGACGAACCAUAUUUGGGUGUUGAAGUGAAAAACAACUUACCAACAUCGUUUAAAAUUGAAAGGCUUGGAGUUCGUCUAGUCGGUGGCCAAACUGAUGACGAAGUAUGGUUCGCCAUCCACGACCAAGACUUUAAUCCGGGUGUAAAUUCGUAUCGAUUGUUCUCAGAUACUACGGCUUGUGGAAGUUAUAUUGUUGAGAACUGUCGCCUGCAUAUCGGGAAGCUUGUCUUCACGCAUAAUUUCUUAAAUGAAAACAAGAAAAAACUGUUCAGGAUUAAUGAACAUCCAGCAGUACUACGCGCGCAAGUGAUCGCGCCUACAGAAAUUCACAUCGGAGAGCAACAGUUCUUUAUUGCCCAGGUACACACUGGCCGUACAAGUAUUAGUGACGGUCGGCUGACAUUGGCUCCUUUGUCAGAAGGUUUAUCUUUUCCCAGUCAACCGACGUAUCACACGGUUAUAAAGCCGGUAGUUGAUGAUACGGUUGUGGACGAGAUUAUUAAAGAAGAGCAAAUGGAUGCUGACGAGAACGGAAUUAAAUUACCGUCUUGUGGGCCUAAUCAACUGUUACAGCUUAAAAUUCUUUAUGACUGCAAUUGGGGAGCCGUUGAGCAUAAGGUGAAAAUAACAAUAGAGUAUAUAUCAAAAGAUAAAAGACGAGUUUUUACUGCCAAGAAUAUUGUAAAAGUCUGGUUACCCCUUGCUGUUACGGAAACAAGCAUAUUCAGAGAAGACAGUUUGAUUUUGAAGAUGAAUGUCACUCUUAAUGACACAUUACCCGUACGACUAUUAUCAACAAAGCUAAUUCCUUCAAAAGCCUACGAAGUGACCAACAGCGUACCAAUGUCAUUAAUGUUAUCACCAAUUACAAUCUUUCCUCGUCAACAAGCGUCGUUCAUGUACAAAUUAACGCAUAAUAAAGAAGUCGACGAUGAUGAGAUUAUGAAUAGACCUAGCACACAGAUUCACUUUCUUGUGGAAUACCGUACGCUGAAAGAUGAAAUCCAACACUUUGCAAAAGAGAAACUCCACGAUGUUCUGAAAUCAUACAACAUGUCCCAGCAUUCUGAUUUUGUUUUUGAGAACAUCAGGGAGCGGUUUCUAGAACUGCUUGAUUACCAAUCUUAUGGUAUUGGGGAUAUACUUGAUCUUGGUGAAAUAGAUAUAGCUGGCUGUGAACAACUGUUCCAAAGUCACGGCGAUGUUAAAGGAGAAUUGGUUAAUGCCGUAAAGGAGUUCUGGGAGAAACACAACAGAAUUACCUUUGAAGAGGUUCAAGAUAACGGCAAAGAUUUGAAAUCGGUGAUAUCAUUUCCUGUUGAUGUACCAUUAUCUAAGAUUCUUAAUACGGUCGAACUUGUUAUACCGAAUUCCAAACAUCUGGUUGUUGGCGAACCAUGUCACUGUGUUCUGAUAGUGCGGCAGUCACCGUAUUGGAAUCAUAGACAACAGGCGGAAGCAAUCGAAUUUUAUUAUGAUGUAAAUGUUGACUUUGACAAUUGGCUACUUUCGGGGCAGAAGAAACUCUGUUUUUCAUACAAGAUGAACGAGACUAAAGAAUUUCCAAUAACGCUUAUCCCGCUUAAAACUGGCCGGCUACUGGUGCCCUUUGUUCGUGUUUCUAGCAUUUCGGCAAGUAUAUUUUCAGAAUCAGUCUAUAUCAAUAACGCACAACAAGUUUUAGUAAGGCCAAGGACACAAUCGGCAACAUUCUUUAUUGAACAACAACAUCGCAUCCAUCCAAUGGGCCCCGCUACUGGGCUUAUGUCGGGUCACCAUGGUGGUAUGAUGGACGAGAUCGCAAUGUAA